GGGUCCACCCAGGCCCACCCAUGCCUUCACCCCUGCUUAGAAUGUUCACAUAUGUCCAAACCCCUGAAUCAAAUAUUCUUCCCAAAAAUAAAGUCGUAGAAUGUUUAUUUUUGAUUGGCGAUUUUCUGCAUUUAUCAGAGUUCCAUCAGGUAACCUGAUUUCAGGUGCGUCCAUGUAAACAGGUUUAUUAGGGAAAUCGUUCUUCUUGCAAAGCAUGUAAACGUUUUCAUCAAACUAUUAUAUUAAGCGCACUCACUGUGAUAACCCCCACCCCAAACCAUACACACAUCUGAAUCUAAUCAUGUUGAAUAUUUCUGUCUCUAUAAUUUGUAUUACUAGAGUUAUUACAUAUUAAUGCUAUAUAUGCCGUUACUACUGUUUGAAACCGAUUUAUGCUUGAUCUGGCAAUGUGUACCGGAAGCCCCGUAUGGAGGGUGUGACACGCAGUUGCGGAGCCUCAGGAGGUUUGCAUAGGCCAAAUCAAGCUCCAUACCACAUCGUCAUUGCUUCCCCCAAAAAACGUUUACAAUGCAGAGGGCUCUGUAUAGCUCCGCAUUGACAUAAUUGUUUGAUGGCUCUGCGCUGCUGAGCGAAGCUCAAGAAGUAUGAAUGCCCUGACUUCUGCAUAGGCCCGCAGUAAAUGCUGUAUGGCCAAAACAGACAGUUGAGUGACCAUACAUGCGUUUACCUCAUGGGAAAUCAGAUGCUCGAUAUGGCGGGUGAUUACUUGUCCACAAAAGAACAGCUUCACUUUCUCCAACACCACCCAUUGGAGUAGCGAUAAACAGGGCGUUUUUACAAGCAAAUCGUGAAUCUCAUUGGCUCUGCAAAGAAAAGGACACCCAACGUGCGUCGUUUGAAUUUUGAGCUUGCCUUUGGGUCACGGAAAAUAUGAGUGUCGGCUGGCAAAGGUGUGGCUUUAACUCAGUGUUGUGAACUAGUAUUGGAGGAUGCCUCGUCGAGAUCCUGACAGCUCUUCUGCAAGCCGGCGCAAGGGUGCAACACCCAAGCGUCGGCCUCCAGCCCCAACCGCGCCUGCUUCAACAUCACCGGCAGCACGGUUGAGCGGACCAUCAGCCCCUGCAGGUGUAGCUCCCUCCCUGCAAAAGAGGAGGAGGUUUCGCCCUGGCACCCGAGCUCUGAUGGAAAUUCGCAAGUACCAGAAGAGCACGGACUUGCUUUUGCGCAAGGGACCGUUUGCGCGCCUGGUUCGGGAGGUGUGCCAGACGUAUAGCAGGGACUUCAUGAGAUGGCAGGUGUAUGCUCUUCUGGCAUUGCAGGAGGCUGCAGAGGCUUUCCUCGUUUUACUGUUUUCCGAUGCCUACCUGUGUACCAUCCACGCCAAGCGUGUAACGCUAUUCCCCCGCGACAUUCAGCUUGCCCGGCGAAUUCGAGGAGUUGAUCAUCUCUGAGAACACUCAGAUGAGCCAUUGAGGAGCGAGCAGUGUGGCUUGGAGUGGGCCUGUUAUAGCCUCAAUUUUAAUAUAUAUUGUUUUAAACUACUGACCAUGUACAAUGGGGUGCUGAGGACCUCUAACAAUGCUAUGUAUUGAUGCAAAGCAUCAGUGGAUCCAAUUUGUCCCAAAUACACAUGCAUUACGUUCAUGUCAGUUAUAAACUCAGUAUAUUCUAUAACAAAAUGCUCACCCAGGCAAGGACUGUUGACCAAUGUUUUGAUUUUAGAAAAGGGUGUUUUUGUACGUUGAAGGAAAAACACUUGGGUAUACUGCUUUAGUUCAUCUGUGUUUUGGGCCCUCAUGCCACCGAAGACAAGUUAGUAUAGUGGUCAAAUGAGAUUUACUGUAAAUAAUGUUGUAAUGUUGGAUUUGAAUAAAUGUUUUUAUUCAGUAGGAUAAA